AUGGAUUAUCAGGUUUUUGGUGAUGAUUUGAAUGAUCAAGAUGAUAUUAAUGAUUCAAGUGACGAAGAGAAUUUAUAUGAUACCAGUAGGUUCGAUCCAAAUGAACCAUUUAGUUUUAUUGUCGAAAAUCAAAUACAAACCGAGUUUUUAGAUUCAGACAAUGAAAAUGAUUCAAAUUUUAAUAAAAAAAUUGACAACAUAUUAUUCAAUUUAUAUGAAGAAACGUUUAAAAUAGGAGAAAAUGAAGAUUAUUUUAGAUUGGAUGUUGGAGAACCAAAUUUAUCAUCAGAAGUUUUAGUUGAUAGGGAAAUGAAUAUAUAUUAUGUUUCAAUAGCAAAAGGAAAUAUUCAUGAUAGUACAUUUGCUUUUUUAUCUCAAAUAGAUCAAUUUGCAAUUGAAAAUGAUUUAAAUAUUCUAGCUGAUUCUGCAUAUCCUGGAUCAAUUUACAUAACUCCAUCCUGUUAUUAUAAAUUUUUAGAAGAGAAAACAAUAAAUGAUAAAACCCAAGAACAAAAAAAAAAAAUACAAUCUUCAUUUCAACAGAAACAGGCAGCUUUAAGAACACCUGUUGAAAGAGGUAAUAGCUCAGUUAAAAGAUUUGGAAUUGCCAAUACCAAAUGUAAAUUAUUUCCCGAAUUACAUGCAAUGUGUAUAAUGAUCUGUUUUCAAUUGUGUCAAUUGGAAAAAAAUUUUGAAAAUUCAAAAAAUAAUAAUAAUAUACAAAAAUAA